UGAAGGCAGCAGCAACAGUGAUUUUCAUCAUCAUCAUCAUCAUCUUCAUCAUCAUCAUUACCAUUAUAAGAAUGUCAAAGUCGAUGACGACGGCAAGUGUGACAUGGAUUUGUAAUAAGACGAGCAAAUAAAAUAUAUAUAUAUAUAUAUAUAUAUGUAACGAGUUUAAAGAUUGCCAAUCAGUAGUCAAAAAGAAUGGCUGGUACCAUCUCACAUGUUUUCUACCCUUUACAACCUCCAGCAUCACCAUAACUACCACCAUCAAUUAGAACAGCAGUCGAACAUUCGCAUAUAUAUAAAACGACACCAUUUUGUGUCUGCUUACUAGGGUUAAACAUGAAAUGUGGUUCCCAGAGACAAGGCCAGCUUUUUGCAAUGGGAUAGCAGAGACAGCUGUAUCAAGUUGGAAACCAAACAGGCAGAACAACAGCAGUAGCAGCAGUACAAUCAAGGAGGUUUUCAAAUAAUGCCUUUGGAGAAAGAAUUUCUAUUCUGAACUGUCAUAAAAGAGCGUUAUAGGUUCAGUUUAAUCUUGGAUCAAUUUGAGAUGAUUAAUAAAAUGACUGAUAUAUUUCUUACAUAGACACUAGAAACAUCCUGUGGAUAUGGAUGGAUCCGUUAGUGACAGAACCAGUCAUGGAAGUCUUCAUAGUAAACAGUAUUCACCUAGACAUAGCAUUGCAACUCACAGAAUAAACCAGCGCAAUCAAACACCAAUUUACUGUGACAUUUAUGGGAGAGAUCUCUCUCAGCGAUUAGAUACACCAAGACUAACCUAUAUAACAGAAAACCCUAUUCACUGUGAUAUGUUUGGUAAGGAAUUCCCUCAGAAGCAUUGCUUGGAAACACCUAGAAUGGCAUACAUAACUGAUUCAGUGUUUCACUCAGAUCUUUUUCCCAAGGAUUUUCUACCACGACACACCUUACCUCCACAGAGAAUAUCACAUAUUGCUGAAAAACAAAUCCACAGCAAUGAUACAUCUGUUUCUGGAAAACAUUUUUCUCAGAGGUCAAGCAUGCAACAAGGGCAGCAUGUUCAAAGUGAUGGUGGUGGCAAACAAUAUGUUCAGAACCUUGUGGCCCAUCCAUCACACAGAAUGUCACAUAGUAUUUCUGAGAAACAUUUUUCUCAGAACUCUCAAAGUAAUUUGCCAGAUAAACAAAUCCAUAACAGUACCAGCAGUCAGCACUUCCAUAAUGAAGAAAAUAGAGGAAUGUCAAGAUCUAGUCAUGGAAUUGGUAAACACAUGCAGCACAAUUCAAAUAGUAGUAAUGCAGCUAACACUGAUGGAAACCACAAAGGCAACAGUAGAAACAGUUCUCAUGAACAGCCAAGUUCUUGUUCAUCUCCAUCAAAUAAUAUUGCUGAAAAAUCUAUGCAUAAUAACGUCCCGAGCAAACACUUUCCUUGGAUUCAGGUCUUCAAACACCUCGACUAACUCCGGUCAAUGAAACAGUUUUACUUAAUGAUAUGUAUGGCAGUCCAUCUAGUCAACCAUGUUAUGUAUCCCCACAACAACCACCAACACAAUCAUCAUCUAUAUCAGAAGAUAUUAUGACAAAUAAUUCAUCUGCAAAACAAGCCAGCCCUCACUGUCACCAAAAACCUCAACUGACUACUUCAGAAGCCAACUUAUCAUUGGCAAUGUCUUCAUCAUCAAAGUCAUUCUAUUCGGACGCCACUGUUGAUCAGAAACAUCAACUUGAAGCAAAUAAAAUUAACAUGACUACAAAACCUAGGCAACUAUUCUGUGGUUACUGUGGAAAGGAGUUUGUUCAGGAAUAUUUAAUGCAGAUUCAUCGAAGAAUUCAUACUGGAGAGAAACCAUUUCAGUGUGAUGUUUGUUCUAAAAGCUUUGGCCGUAGGGAUACCUUGCGAAUCCACAAGCGUACUCACACUGGGGAGAAACAAUUUCACUGUGAUAUAUGCUUAAAAAAAUUUGCUCAGAAAGACUAUCUACAGAUACACAAAAGAUUACAUACUGGGGAAAGACCCUACCAUUGUGAAAUAUGUCAAAAACAGUUCUCUAGAAAAGAUACAUUGAAAAUUCAUCAGAAAACUCAUUUUAAACAGCAUGACGGUGUUAAAGAUCAACAAAAGCCUAAAUUUCAACAACAACAACAAACAAUAUACUACCAACAACAGGACAACAAAGUGCCCUAUCAAUCACACUGUCAAAUGGAAUCAUCACAAGAGCAUAAACCAAAAUAUCAAUGUGAUAUAUGCCUUCAGUCAUUUGCUCAAAAAGAUUACCUGAAAAUUCACAGGCGCAGUCAUACUGGGGAAAAGCCCUAUCAGUGUGAUUUUUGUAUUCAGAAAUUUGCUCGGCGAGAUACACUUCAGAUUCAUCGAAGGACUCAUACUGGUGAAACCUCUUUCAGAUGCGAUGUGUGUGGGAUGCAGUUUGCUAAGCGGCAGAAACUUGAAAGUCAUAAACAAACACAUAGCAAUAAUCCACACAGUUCUAGAAAACAGAGACAUAGCUGUGAUAUUUGCUGGAAGAAAUUUGCACAACGGGACUAUUUGCAGAUACACAGACGUGUCCAUACUGGUGAGAGACCAUUUGUAUGCGAGUUUUGUUCAAAAUCAUUUGCAAGAAAGAGUACGUUACAAAUCCACCGCAAGAUACAUACAGGGGAAAAAAAAUUCCAGUGUGAUGUGUGUCUUCAGCAAUUUUCUCAAAAGGAUAAGCUUCAAAUACACUACAGAACACAUACAGGUGAGAAACCUUUUCAGUGUGACUUCUGCAUUCAGAAAUUUUCUCGCCGUGAGACACUUCAAAUACACCGACGUACUCAGCACACCUUUGAAAAGCCAUAUAGCUGUUCUCUCUGUGGGAUGAACUUCAUAAAACGAGAUAAGCUUCUUUCUCAUCAAAGGUCUCAUCAUCCUCAGACGAAAGUAAAAAUCAAGAGAUUUGUUUGUGACAUCUGUUCAAAAAGCUUUGCUCGUCGAGAUACUCUCAAAAUACAUAGAGUACGUCAUUCAGGUGAGAAACCAUACCAGUGUGAGGUGUGUCUCAAGCAGUUUGCACAAAAGGACUAUCUAGUCAUACAUAAGCGUAUACACACUGGGGAAAAACCAUUCCACUGUGAUCUUUGUCCAAAACGGUUUUCUCGGAAAGACACUUUAGUAAUACACAGACGUUCACACACUGGAAAUAAGCCAUUCAAAUGUGAAAUUUGUUCUGCCCAAUUUUCACAGAAAGCUGCAAUGCAGAUACAUAGGCAAACGCACGUUGGUUUUAAGCCUUUCUCUCAUAGCCAAAGUCCAAAACAUUUCCCACAACAAAAUACUUUGCAAGUUCAACAGAAUCAGCCUUUGAUAUGCCCUUAUCAAUGUAACAUUUGCUUCAAGCAGUUCGUGCAAAAGGACUAUUUGGUUGUACAUCAGCGUAUUCACACAGGUGAACGUCCAUUUGAAUGUGAAUUUUGUGGGCAGAGAUUUGCACGUAAAAAUACACUAGCCGUACACAGGAGGUCACAUACUGGAGAAAAACCUUACCACUGUGAGAUUUGUCUGAAACAGUUUUCCCAGAGAGACUAUUUGCGUAUUCAUGCAAGAAUUCAUACUGGUGAAAAACCAUAUCACUGCGAGAUUUGCCCUAAGCAAUUUUCCCGUAGAGAUGCUUUGCAAAGACAUAAACGCACUCAUAAUAUAAAAGUACCAUCUUUACCAUCACAACCUAUCCAAAUUAUUCAUUCUAAUUCUGAACAUAUUUCCUCUCACAUUUGUUCCAAUAAUAAUUCUAAUAACAACAGCAACAACAUCGGCAGUAGCUGUAAUGAAAACUGUGGUGGUAAUGUUCAAACAUUGCAGAAAGGUAAUGAAACUUCAACAGAAGCAGUAAACACAGGAUCAUUAGUUAAUCGAUCACAAGACAAUAAAAGCAAUAUUGCUCCAGCAACAGCAUCCACAAGUGACGAAUAUCCUCCUGUCAGUAAAUAUAUGUGUUUGUAAAGUUCCACAGGUGGGCAUAUAAACUGAGGACCACUGGUUAAGGUUACCUCUCCAGAUUUUCUAUAGAAAUUAUUGCCAGCACUGAUUUUGUUAUGAAAAUCUGUAGAGACAACCUUAAUAAGUGAUGUAAUAACACUGCUAACACAGUAGAGCAGAGUAUUGACUUAUAAAAAGGUUUAAUAUACUUUGUAGUAUAUUAUAGUUGCAUAAUUAAAUACAAUAUCACUACCAAUAAGCUGAGGAAACUAGUUCACUUUUGUUUUCAUCAAUUUUGACUCCCAAAAUAAAUUGAAAGUCAGACAUGAAUAUUAGGUGACAUUUUCUAAUUUUUGUUGAAUGAGAUUUUGUCCAGAUAUAAAAAAAAGAACAGCUUUAAAUUUCAUCAACUCUCAUUACUGAGUGACCAUAUGUCCAGUCUAACUCCAUAACAUGUUGACUGUUAUCACAGAAAAUAUUACAAAUUAUCAGAUAUUGUUGUAGAAAUUUUUCCUAUAUUCACAGAUGUAUAUUCUUCAAUUUUUAUCCUUAGAUCCCUUGCAUACAACAGAUAAAUUUCUUUUUUAAAUUUUAUAACUUCUUCCAGUGACAUGGCUACAGUACUUGCAUAGUACUUUGAAUUUGUAAUCUAUUAACUUAAUGUGAUCUAUUUUGGUGAUCCCUAUGGGGGAAUGUUAUUUCUAGUGCCAACCAUUUGUAUGUAUACAUUUCACUGCACAUAUGAAUAUGUGCAUACUUUUUUCAUAUACAAAUUUACAGACUUACAUAUUUAGUUAAAAUGUGGAAACCUUUCAGCUGUGUUAUGUUAUAUGGCUCAACUGUGAUACUUAGUUUAACUUUGUUAUACAUCUCAGCUAUCAUAUUUUACUUAGAUAUCAUCUUUCAUAAUGUAUUGUUCAUUUGGGAUAAAUUAUUUAGUCUUUAUGUAUCAUUUGUUUCAGAUAAAACUAAAAUUAUAAUAUAACCCAAAUUGAUAUCCUAAUAAUGAAGAAAGCCACCAGAGAACAUGGUUUUAUCUACAAUUUGUUUAACUAAAAACUAUUCUAAAUUCUUGUUUGAAAAUAUGGCUUUUGCAAUCUUUUAACUGCUGUAGGAAUUAAUUCACUUUAAAAUAUAUUGAUUCCAGUAGCAUGGAUUGAAUAUUGAAAUGGUGUGUUAAACAUUAUAAUGAGGUACAUGUAAAUCUGAUUUUAUAAAAUAACUGCUAUUUUUAAAUGAUAGGGUAAUUAUAAGUAGUGCAGAAAACGUGAAGUAUAUCCAGCAUUUCCUAUAUUAUAUUAUCGUACUUACUGUAAUACAUAAUCUUAACUUGUGGAGAAAUAGCUCUGAAUGAUAGCUCUUUAUAUCAUAAAGACACUACCUCUUUCAGCUACAUCUCAAGACAUUAUAAUACAUAGGGCACUGUAUGACAACACUAUUCAACAUUUCUUACUUCACAAUAAAACAUAUUUAAUAUUGUUUUUAUAUUGAAAUAUGUUGUGUUUCAUUUUCUUUAUCAAAAUAAUCAUAGUACUCUGAUCCCUAUAUUAUCAUGAUUCAUAGUAGAUGAUACUAUAUUAGAAUACACUAUAGUACCCAACCUUGUAUAUUUGUGCCAACUAGGAAGCCUCCAUAUAGUCACUUAAAUAUGUAGAAAUAGCAGCCAAAUUGCUUUUAACCCUUAAGCAUUCAAAUUACUUAGUCAAAGGUAAUACCUAUUAUUCACAUGGCUUUGAAUUAAUUACAUAUUAUCUUGUGUCUUGAUAAUUCAGUGAUGUGAUUAUAUAUAUUUUUAGAAUGACAUUGUAAGGUAGGUGUGAGAAGCCAGAUCUGGCCAAUUCAAACAUAAAAUGGAUAGAAUAUCUGGGCCGGAUUUGGCCAGUUUAAAUGUUAAAGGGUUAAAACGCAUUUUUCUGUCUUAACUAAGAAUAAGAAUAUUGUUGUUCUAGAUACCUCUAAAUAUAUGGAAAGAUAUUAGCUUAAAUGCUUUUGAUCAUAACUCUACUUGAUUAAUGCUGAUCUUGGGCUAAACAACAACCUUAUGUAUUUUAUUAGGAAGCUACUGCCAAAAUCUAUGAUAAAACCUAUCUGUGAUACAGACUCCAACACUACAAUCUACUUUAUCAUGCUAAACUAUUAAGAAAUUGUAUUAUAAUAUACUACAAAGGUGUUGGUGGCCCCAGUAGAAGUUUAAUGUUGCAAUUUCUGUUGAAGUGGCAGAAUGGUCUCAACUCAAACUGAUUUGGGAUGUGAAAUUCUGGGCAGAACUCUGCUGAUUUUGUCUCAAGAAAAUUUGGUAGAGUUCUCUCCAAUUACUGUCUAACAUUCUGAUGCUGUAUUACAUCAUGUUUCUGAUACAAGAUAUUCUAUUAUAAUGACGAUGUAUUAUUUAUUAAAUUAAUUUGUUAUCUUGUAUGAAAUUAUACUUUAGUUUUUAUAGAACAAAAUUAUUUAUCACAAUGCCCUUUAUCAGAAAUCCUUAUACAGUUUGAAAUAUAAGCAUAUACAAUAUCAGAAUGCUUUAUGUUAAGAUAUGCAGCAUGUUUGUUUGUAAUAUUUGUUAUAUAUGCAAUAAGCUUGAGCAGAAAACUGGAGGUAACAUUUGAAUCAAUCAGAAAAGGCAUCUUCUAACCAUAAAAUGCAUUUUAGAAAUUGUCUUUGAAUAAUGCAUUAUCUAUGACCAUAUGAGAAUAAACAAACUCAGAAACACUAUCUGUGAUUCUUCUCUCACUACUUUGGCCAGAAAGGCAAAAUCUAUGCUUCACUGAUGAGGUCAUUGAAAACAAAACAUACCUGGAGUUGCCUCCCAUAUUUUCCAAAUUAAUUAAAAUAUUAUUCAUUGACUAAUAUUGUUUUUUUUUGUGCUUUUUUUUUCUUUUCACAUAAUUAUUUCUAGUUAGAUUUUUAAGGCUCUAUGUAUUAAAUAUCUCAAUACUAACAAUAACUAUGAAAAUAUUAGCUUGAAAAUUUGGGUUUAUAGCUGGUGUACACCAAACUAUAUCUCACCAGCUAAUCAAGUUUUUUUUUUAAGGGUUAGCAGGCUCUAGAAAGCUGCAAAUAGGCAGAUACAUAUGACUGAAUGCUUCACUUAGUUUCUUCAGUCAACUGCAAAGGAAAACUCUCAGAAUUAUUGCAGCUGAUAAUGAACAGUCCAUAACAAAGACACUGAUGACUACAAAAUGUCAUAACAUAACUCAUACUAUCUAACCUUAGAAUUAUUUUUGUACUGCAGUCCAAAAGACAAUGGUGCUCAAAGUAGGAUUGAGUUAAGCUAGAGUGGAAUCUGUUGCAUAUAUUACAAAGGGAACCUUAAUUUUUUAAAAAUCAAAAACAAAUUAAUUGCUUAGUAAAAAUACAAAUCUAAAUGUUGCAUUUUCUAGAUUUACUUAAGCAAAUCUGUUGGUGAUACUGGAAAUGCUUAUUUCACUCAUAAAGACAUGUUCAAAGCUCUUUAGUGAGAUUGUUCAAUCUGUAUAUGACCAUGGUGGUACUUAAUAUAUUUUAAAUCCCUAGGAUUUUUAAAAAUGAACACUUUCCAUUGCAGUUGGUAACCAUGUGUGACAAAUAGAUGCAUAAGGCAAUUUUCUACAUUUAUAAAGCCAAACCUGUAAAGAAUUGUAUUAAACAGUUUAUUAAGCAGUAUAAAUUCUUUUUCAGGACUUCUUUCCAAAUCUUCUAAAUAUGGUAUGACAAAAGUUGGUGAACUCUUUACAUAAAAUCCCUUUGGGUGUAAACCACUGUAACUAAGAAAAGAAUCUAAAUUCCCUAUUCACCUUUUGAUAAACUUCCAAGCAUUUUGACAGGGCAGAAAGCAAGUUAUAAAAAAUGGCAAGAAAUGUUUGGCAUCUAAUCUUCUAGGGUGCUUGAAAUUUAACAAAUGGAUGAAGAAUGCUAGAACCACUGAAUUCAUUAUGCUUGUGAUUUUGCUUGUGUUCUCUUCAUGUUUGUAGUCAACAAUCUUUACACUCAACUAAACUCUUGAUCUUUAUCUCAAAGUAUGAAAACACACAUAGCUUUAUUAUAUCCAAAGAUUCAUGAAAUGCACAAGCUGUGUUCCAGUCAUAGCCAGAAUAUUGCAAAGGAGCAAUACUUGAUCCUACAAUAUGACCAUCAUUCUUGUUUUCAACUUCAUCAUGUCUCAAAGUAGUCCCCAAAGUAGUUCCUGUUGUAUACAUUUCCUCUUCUAAUCAUUGUGAUUUGAAACAUCCUCUAAUCCAUGUUUUAAGUACAAAGAAAACCUGUGUAAAAGUACUUUUGUUGCAUCUGUACAAGCUGACCACCUGGUAUCUGAUAUUCUUUACAAUGGUCAAGUGAACACCACAGUCAGAUACUACCACAUAAAAGAGAUCCCGCCAACAGAGAGAAGCAGUGAAAAGUGUGUAGGCUUUUGGUCUUUGCUAUUUCAUAUAUUGCACUUAACUUUUUGGAAAUUUUCUCCACAGAUAUAGUUUUACAUGUUAAUUACAAAAAUCUUAUUAAUUUGGGAGAGGGAGGAAUUAAUAAAUAAGAUAGGAAUUUUUGCUAAUUUUAGUACCUUUGUAGCACCUGUGUAAAAAAAGAACAAGAAACCUAUGCACACAGAAUGAAAUGGAAAAGGUCUCAGGCUUUGACCAAAUUCAGAGAAAAUUAAUGCUUCUUGACAACCCUUUCAGUUCUUUAAUUUUUGGUUGUAACUCCAAUACUUGCUACUCAUGUUGUUGUCUUUGAUUGAGACACCUUUUAUGUCAAUACUAUUUUCCUUUAUUAUAAUUUGAUAAAAUAUUUAGGUUUUGGUUGAAAUAAAAGCCAAAGUGCAUCUAAACUUUUAUUUAAUAACAUGAUAGUAAUCACAACCUACUUAGUUUUUUGACUUCUCUUAGUUUAGAAAUUUAUUUACAGAUUUAGUCUGCUAAUCAAAAAUAGAUGUUGCUCAGCUAGCAUAUGGUGGCAAUGGUGAGGGUCGUUGGUUUGCUAUAUGUGUAUUCCACCAAUGAGCCAAAUUAUUAUUACUUUUAUGUAAUUAUUACAGUUGUGGAUAUAAUUACUUUUAUGUAUAUUUAAAAGAACAAUGUGCACAAAUCAGUUGACAUGAGGUGGGCGUAAUCAAAAUUAAUAAAAGGGUUCCACUGUUUAUUAUAAAUUUGAUACAUAUUCACUACUUGAUGUAUUUGAAUCAGUUUGAUAGUUGGCUCUGAAAAACUAUAGCUUAAACAUAGUGAAUUAUGUUAGCAUUCCAUCCCUCAUCAUGGAUUUCAUCUGUAAGAAAAUUCAAAAUAAAAGCAGCAUUCCUCAAAGAUCUAUAAAUAUAUAUGUUUGAACAGGUUAUCUGAGGUUGAAUGAACUUUAUUAAUGAACAGCUAUUAACUGCCAAUAUUCAGGAUAUACAUGAAACCUGCAAACAUUCUUUACCAAUUGUUUCAUGUAUGUUGAAUUCAUGAACCUUUACCUGUGGAAUUAUCUAGAUUCUUAUUUCAUUCCAAACCAAACUUAAUGCAAAGCUUAAAUGCUCCACUACACAAAUUCACUUAUAAAUAUAUCAUGGUUAUUAAAACAACUAAAAUGCACAAGUUGGAUAUUGUCCUGAUAAACUAACCUAAAUAUAAUGAAAGUUUGUUUUAAUGUUGAAAAUGUGAUUAUUUUAAUUUAAACUUAUUUGUGCUAUAGCAUUAUAGAACAACAUAAUGUUAAAAUAGAAACUGCACACAAUAGAAUGUUUCUGACUCAUUUAAUAAUCUCAAUCUAAUUUUAAAUGAAUGGCUAGCAUUAUAGAGUCUAUAAUAUACAAAUAUAAACAUGAUUUAUUAAACAGAUUUUAUUUA